UUGUAUCUGGCGAGCGUGGUUGUUCGCGGAUGUUUUGGAGUUUCAUUGCUCUGUGUUUUCCAACGCCUGCUCUACACUGUGUCGUGACUGUGCUCUACGUUACUACGGAAUACCAUGUGGAUCACCUACAACAUUUGGAUACAGCUUUUCAUACUUCGCUAGCGUGACGAACUUCGAUUGACACACAGGACUGCGGCUAUGGCAUCGACAUCGCACGAGGUGGACCAUGCAACCCUGGAGAGCAUCACUCGCAACAGGGGUCGACUUCUUCGGCUCGCUGAGAACAUCAAGGUACGCAAGAAGCCCGGCACGAAGAGGAGCGUCAAAGUAAAGCUCGAUCCCGGAUACACCAACAUCGAACAUCUGGUGUUCGGCUCUUACAAGCCGCGUUCCUCGACGCCGAGCAGCUCGAAGGCCUUGGUGGCCGACGCGAGCGAAGACCACGCGCCUUCUCGCUGCGAGUGCAAUGCGCACAGUCCCAGGAAGAUCGGGACAUCGGACCACGGCCUUCACGGCCCGUGCGACGCCCGUGUUGAAGCGGAACCGACGCACGGGUGGUCGACGGGAGCGUCGACCCUCCCCGUCAGCGGUGUCGUGGAGCAUAACGGAUCGCCGUCGGUGACGAGCUGCGAUGUUAUGAAGGCGCCCAGAGCAUCAUUGAGGCGAGUGCAGCGAUCUACGUCAGUGCAAGAGAAGCCAAAAAAGACCCAAGACAUGAACGACCCGCCCGUCAAUGGGAAGCAAAAUGACAUUAUCAAGGUUGACCUCCAGACAGCUUCCAGGCCCAAGCGUGAUCGCACGGUGGUGUACGCGGUCGAGCCAACGGGGCUGGGUGAAAGACAUAUUAAGGUAGUGCCUUCGGGAGUGAGCCAUGCAGUGGUCGUGCCGGGUAAAGAACGUGUCAAGAAUGGUGAACGCGAAAGUGCCGCUGCGAAUUCUUCGCUCGUGACGGGGUCCUCUAGUGCUUGUACCAAGAAGCCGGGUGUAACGGCUGUGCCCAAAGUUGGUACUGCCGCUGGAUCUAGUCGGAAAGUGCAGCUCUCAACGGCCUUUCGCAAGUCGGCGUCUGUAUCCGAAAAGAUGCCCGUGAAGCCCAUCUCUAUCCCUGUUGUGAGGAACGCUGCCGUGCACAAGUGGGCUACAGGGCCUCGGCCUCCUCACGGGUCAUUCAUGGAGAAAAGAAAGCCGGGAAGUGGUGUGUCCACGGGUGCCCCGCAAGCACAUGUGCCAAAGUCAAAGGAGUCUUGCAAACUGGUGUCUUUUUCUGCUGCUUCAGUUGCCUUUCCAAAUGGUACAGUGAAAGUGAGCUCAAGGGGAGGUCCCGGUAGGUACAGCCUUCGUCAACUUCCAAUGCACCAGCCCCCCCUUCGACCCUUAGUGCCUACGAGUUGCGCCAAAGGCCCCCAGGAAACGCAAGUACAACCUACCUGCCUAAAGCCAAACCCUGUGGCAGCGCCGCCCUUCGUUGGUGCUCCUUUACACGCAAGCUCUCGGUCUGACGCAGUCAGGUGCAGGAGCAAAGUAACAACCAUAGAGCUGCCAUUUUGUCCUAGUUCGCCGUUGCAGGCAGUUAGAAAAGGAGAGAGAACUGCGGAGUUCAUUCCAGUGUCCCCGUGGAAGCAAGUCGAUCAUCAACCAGAAUCUGGCGACAGAGAAACUUUCUUGCAUUCUCCAGAGCAGCUACUUGACGACUGUAUUUCUCCUCCCGGAAUGUUCAAGGACAGAAACAUAGAAGACGCCGCUGUCCAAGACAACCCACCGGAUUUGACGUCAUGCGAAGUGGAUCCCCGCGUACUUUCCCGGUGGGUCGGCAACACGAGCCGCGAAUCAGCGAAGCUUCUUAAUCAGCUGGCUAGCUAUGCUGAGUCGAAACUGUCUUCGCGAGCAGGCGAAGCAGUGCAAAACAAAAUGGUUGACGUGAUGGCUGACACUUGGUUGAACAGUCUCAGGAAGGAGGCCUGCGAAGAACCUGUCCUUAUGUCCCCUGCGCAGAAGAAGGUGUCUGAACGCCCCGACACGCCAAGGCACCGAGCGCAGUCACAUUCAGCGAGUGUAACAGUGCACCUUCCCCUGCAUGGACAUCAAAUGAAUGGUAGACCGCUCACGGUGCGGUCGGUCUCCGCUGACGGGACAAACGGGCAUCCUGAAUGUAACCGUGGAACAGAGGUCCAUAGAGAGGCUUCGCACGACGCCGCUGUCCUCCACAUGGCUCCCAAGCCGGAAGCAACGCCAACGUCAUCCUCUCCUUACCAUAGGAUAGCACCAACUUACGAAUAUGGCUGUCCGAUCCCUCCUCAACAGGCGAAAUCUUCUGGCAGAUCACCUCACAAGAACGCAUGUCUUGUGGUUACUUGUAACUCUGGACAGAUUCCUCCUAGCGUGUGGAUGUCGGACAUUGAAGAGAGGGACGAGAACUCGUCCUCCAGUACAAGCAGGGCAGCAUCGGAAGAACCGCAAGAAUUGGGAUCGUCCUCGAGGCUUCAACAGCACAAGAGCUACGUUUCCCACGUGUACAUAAAUGGGACUCAGGAUACGUCAUCGAUGCCUUUAAGCCCGCCAGUGGAGAGGCAGGAGAGCCGCUCGUAUAAUGGUUCCCCUGCGGACAGCCCGAUGUCGUCACCAACAAGGGACCCUGGUCGUGGCGGAUUUGUGAAAAGGAGGAGUCUGAGCGUCUGCAACGGGACGCUGUACGCUGCACAACAACGGCUACAAGAGGACUUGAGCAGUGGCCCCGAAGGUCAGGGACAGGGCUGCGAUGCGUUUGACGACCAGCCCACGAUGGGCGUCUACCAGAAGGACUCCCACAACGGGUCUGCAGCCGUCUUGGCCAACGCUCCCUCGUUGGCCCGGCAGCUGUCAGACGAGACCGAGUUUCGAAAGCCCUCCACCACCGCGCUUCUGCAUUCUCCGCCCGUCAGCAAGGUGCUCCUGGGGCGUCCAGGAAAGCUGGUGCGCAACAGGCCCAUCUCCCGGUCGGAACGCCAUCUCAAGGCCGCCAGCUCUCCGGAGUUCCAUAGCGGCAGCACGGAAGAUGUCUCUAGGAACUCCCGCCGUCCCUGGUCGCACCUCUACUCCGAAGCAGAAGCGGAACAACUAUUGUCUUCUGUGGGUAGCAUGCCUAGCAUACAGAAAGACGUAGCCAGCUCAGACAAUCAAUCUUCCAUCGACGUAUCUGUCCUGAAUCCCCGAUAUUCCUCGCUGAGAGCUUCGAGUUCCCGCUUGACUGCCGACGGCGUCCUGCAAAAGUUCAAGAAGACUUUCUCACUGAGGUUCCAACGAAGUAGGAAAGGUUCGACGACGUCGCUUCCGUCCGCUGAGGAAACUGAGGGGAAGGACGAGUUACUGGACAGCGGCGAGCAGUGGAAGAACGGUUCUCCAACGUCGGGAAGUCCGCUGGCGUCACCGAAGAAAGGGACAAGUGGUGGUGUUCCUCGAAGUGACGAAGAAGACCCGUCAGGAGGCUUCAAACUGGGUCCCAUCAUCCUCAGGUCAUCGAGAGAACGCAAGUUACACAGGAAGAAUAAAGAGUUGAGAGGGUCAAAGUGUAGCAGUGCUGAUAGUGGUAUCCAGUUGGAAGGCUCUGGAGUGUACGGCGAGCAUCGAUCCGAGGUUCCGGUCCUGCCUUCUGAAAUCCUUCCGAACGUAGAGCAAAAGAGCCGUGACCCCGCCGCCGAAGCGGCGGUCGACGGCGGUUGCUCCAAUCUUCGGGGUUCCUACUCUAGUCUUUCACAAAGUGGAACUGUUACGGAGAACAGCGACGUAGAUAGCGAUCAGAAGCGGAGCUCCCUCGACUCCGAUCGUCUGACACCGCUGCACCAGACAAUGCACAAAGCGCCAAGCGCAGAACGACAGUUCUCAACACCUCCAGCCAUCAAGUCAAGGACCGACCGUCAUCGUCCAACCAUACGCAGACAGAAGGGUCGUGGUCGUCUUCGGCGCUCAAUCAGUCAACCUCUAGAUCUUGAGAAAGCUGGUUCUACGCAGAGAGGAGAAUUAACCCGUGGUCUCUCAGAUCAAGAAGCAUCUCGUGACCCAAGCUCAGCAUCUUCGGAAGAAGAUUUCUCAUCUGAUGGGGAGUUUUACUGUCAAGGCCAAAUUGCAAAAAACUACGAUGGUGUGGCCUAUGUGGAGGCACUGUGGGACCAUGUCACCAUGGAUUCUGAAGAGCUUGCCUUUCAAGUUGGUGAAGUCAUCGAAGUCACGGACAUGUCGGACAAGGACUGGUGGUGGGGGUCUAUUGAUCAGCGCUCAGGCUGGUUUCCUGCAGAAUUUGUGCGGUUGCGAGUCAAUCAAGAAGACACUGUGGAAGAUUGCAUGUGCAAGAUGGCAGACGGUACGCUUACAAAACACAAGCCUCGCAAAAUGAGCAUCAGCUUGCUGAGCAACGAGCAAGUGCGUGCCAACGUUGUGAUGGAAAUUGUGAACACGGAGCAAGACUUUGUCCGCCACUUGAGGGACGUGGUAGAGGGGUACCUGAAACCGGUGUGUUCGAGGCCUGACAUGUUCUCCGAGGAGCGCAGAGCCACGAUCUUCGGGAAUCUUGAGCAACUCUACGAAUUCCAGAGCCGUUUCCUUGCAUGUCUCGAAUCUUCCAUCAACUGGGAGCAGCCACACCUCAGCGAAAUAGGCAGUGUUUUUGUGGAGCAUAAAGCGGAGUUCCAGAUCUAUUCAGAAUACUGCAACAAUCAUCCCUUGGCUGUUAGCGAACUGCAGGAAAUGUAUGCAGAUUCCAGAUAUGUGCACUUCUUUGAGGCCUGCAGGUUGCUUCAAGACAUGAUAGACAUUUCACUGGAUGGCUUCCUGCUGACACCUGUUCAGAAAAUUUGCAAAUACCCACUGCAGUUGGCAGAACUCCUGAAGUACACACGCCCAGACCAUCCUGAUUACCAACCAGUAUCAGAUGCUCUAGAAGCAAUGCGAGGUGUGGCUCAGAUGGUGAAUGAAAGGAAGCGUCGUAUGGAAUGCCUCGAGAAGCUGGCAGAGUGGCAGAGAGAUGUUUUCAACUGGGAGGGCCCAGAUCUAUUAGAAACAAGCUCUGUUCUGAUCUACUCGGGAGAAGCAGUCAGAGUCACGUCUUCUUGGUCCAGAGAUGUUGUCAGCCUGUUUUUGUUCGAUCAUCUCCUAGUCUACUGCAAAAAGGACAUGAUCAAAAGGAACACACUUUCUUACAAGGGCCGGCUAAACAUGGAUACAUGUCGAAUAGCAGAUGUGGAAGAUGGCAAAGAUAUGCAGUUUGGUGUCACUGUGAAGAAUGCCUGGAAGGUGUAUUGCAGUGCCCGCGAAAAAUGCUACCUAUUUUACGCCAAGACAGCAGUUGAGAAGCAGCAGUGGCUGAAGGCUUUCAGGAAUGAGCAAGAACGUGUCCAUGAAGACAAAGAACAGGGUUACGUGGUCACUGAGAACGCCAAGAAAACAGCGAGAAUGGCGCUGAACAACAAGCUCAAACCAAAAAGGCCACGAGCCAAGUUACCAAAAGGACCCCGUACACAGCACCCCGACGUUGCAGUUGUCGAAAUCCUUCUAGACCCACCAGGGCCAAAGCCCCGCACUGGAAGCCUUCCCUCCAACUUGCAUCCUGUCCACAAUGUGCCAAGUAAUGGGCUGCCCAAAAAGAAAGGAUCCGGUUGGUUCCACUUUGGCAGCGGAAAGAAGGUGAAGAAGUAGUUCAGCCACUUGCGCAUGUUUUUCUGUACAUUUUUCGAAAACAAUUAAUCGUGCCCUGUUGCCGUGUGCAACGUUGCUCCAAGGGGCAUGCUUGAAAAUGAAUUCUGCACCGAACCGAAGAUGUGUACUAUAGAGCACCGUAUAUAACGUGAUUGAACAAUCAGUAACCAUAUGCAAACUGCUGGUAAAUAUUGUUUAUACCUGGCCUCAGGUAGUUGUUUAUAACUUUAGAUGUACUGCAUUGAUGUUAGCUUUGUAGAGAAAAUAAGUUAUUGACCUCCGGAAGGAUGUAAAGCAUUAAUAUAGCCGUGCAAGUUUAACAAAGUGUGUGGUCAUUUUAUUCAUCUGCUUUGUGAGCACCAAACAAUCACAGGUAUAUGCCACAGGUAUACUUUUGAGUGAUUGAUUUGUGAUUCCCGUUAAUGUGCAACAUCAAUGCAAUGGCAGAACCUAGUUGACCACAAUCAUGAGAAGCCAGAAUAUACUGCACUUAUAAGUAAAGUUUAACAGGUUGCCUUGGCAACAAAUUCUCAGGGCAGGUUUAAUUAAUACUGUCAGCCUGAGCUUGAAAUUUCUUGAGCUAAAUUGCUGUACACUAUUCUUGUAGUAUGUCAUAAGUAGAGCCUGAAGUUUCCGGGAAAUAUUUUUUUCUAAAUUCGGGGGGUAAAAAUCGGGUAAAUAAACGUGUGCACUAAAUUCAUGCGAAUUCGGGUGAAAAAAAACUCCCCGUAUGCUAAAUUCGGGGAUAAAUCGGGCUCAGUUACUCAAACUAAUUGUAGUGGUUUUCGUACAAAUGGUGAUGUAACUGCAUUUGUUGCCAAAAAAGCAAGUUAAUGCAUUCCUACAGAUGUCCCAGUGAGGGGAAUUUUCCGGGUAAAAAUCGGGUUUCACCCUAAAGGGGAACCUUCAAUUCGGGGUGCUAUUUUGGGGAAGAAUCGGGUAGAACCCUAAAACUUCAGGCUCUAGUCAUAAGUGUCAAUCAGAAAAGAACGGGAGCUGUUCUCCAAGGCCAAAAGGAAGUAUUGUUAAGCAUGCUAUUAGUAUGUGCAUAGCAGAAUAUAUGCUAUGUAUUGGCCUGCAUUCGUUUCAUGUCGGCCUUUAUUUGGCAGCAUUGUCUAGAAAGGUCAUCUUGCGCGCACGUAAAUGCGGCAUAUCUCUGGCAACUGUUGUACAGAAACGUGAAGACCUGUUGAAGUUGUUGGCAAGAAUCCUCUGCACCGCGUUUUUUGACUCGUUGUUUCACCAAAGUGUCCCGCUCCGUCGGGGGCGUAAAGCCAUGCUAAUUGUAUAGUACUCUGGUCAAGUGUGGAAGGCUCUCAUUCCUAUGGUAUGGUAUCCUGAAUCUACUAUACUGACAUGAUGCCUUGUACUCUUUUUGAAGAUGUGAGUUGCAGCAACCCAGUUGUGUACAGCGAUAUUUAUGAAUAGGGUUAUUUUUUUCGGAAUGCAAUCACUACUGCCAUAACGAUUCACAGAUCCGCACAAGGAUUUCCCCCUUUGUGGUGCACUAUCUUUGUUGCUGCUUCCUUGGACUCUUUUAUGUACAGUCUUUUUUUGUUUUUUCAGAGAUAUGUGGCUUACCGUGCUUAUCUUGACAGGAACCUGUAAAAAGAUUGUUAAGCUCGUGGUUACAGUUCACCGUUAUGUAUAUUGUUGUUUGCGCUGCCAUCAGCAAGUGCUGCUGCUUUCUGAAACCUCAUUCUGCACAGUGUUGAAAUGUCUUCCAAAGAAAGGCUCACAAGCGCUUUGGAUACUACCUAGUCUCUUCCAGAGAAAAAGUGAGCGUGCGGUUAGUCAGAUUUCCUGUGGCGUUGUAAUCGAACAAAUGCCAUGUGUGUGUGUAUAUAUGUUUGUAUAUUUUAAAUACUGUACAUACUUUUAUAUAUUUUCAUGCCUCGAGAUGUAAAUUUUAAUGGUAUCAACCUGUUCUCCAUGGAAUAAAUGUUUUUAUCUGAGACAA